AUGAUUGCAGCAGCGGCCCACCAUGAUUUUGACGCACAUAUUAUAGACAUUACCGGAGCGUACACACACGCACCUAUUGAUCAACCACUCUACGUUGAGUUCCCAGAAGGUUUUGGCAAAAAGGGACCCUACGUUAUGCGCCUCAAGAAAGCUCUAUACAGCGCGCAUCAAUCAGGAUAUUUAUGGGAGCAAUAUCGCAACAACAAGAUCGAUUCACUCGGCUACACAAUCAAUCCUGCCAACAUAUCCGUAUUCACCCGAAACAAAGAUAAUAUAUUCACAAUGAUGAUAGCUUACGUAGACGAUUUCCUUAUAUGCUGUUUGAAAGGACAUAUCGACACAGUCAAAUCCAAAAUCAUGAAUCUAUUCAACUGUAAGGACUUAGGCAAAGCAAAACAGUUUGUUGGCAUCUUGAUUUCACGCAAUAGACCUAACAAGACAAUCACAUUAACAAACAAAAAAUACAUCAAGGAUAUUAUCAAGUUAGCUGGAAUGACCGGUGCACCGCACGCAUUGUCACCAAUGUCUCAUACACACCCCGUUCUUGUACCCAAAGAAAAAGAAAAUUGA